ACGGAUGAGGGAGGAGAGGACGUUGGCAUGGUGGUCAGGAGGGAGGACAGGAAGCCGGUCGCGGAGACGGAAUACGGAGAGAUCUCGGCGGUCCGAGUGCGCGACGGAGCCGGGGGGGUUUACCACCUGCAGUUCAUCACGCUCGAGCCCAACGCUCUGUUCCUCCCCGUGCUCCUCCACUCGGACACGGUCCUCUACGUCCGCACUGGGAGUGGAAGGCUGAACUGGGCUGAUGAGAAUGACGUGAAGAGGAUCGAUUUGAGGAAGGGGGACAUUUACAGGCUCUGGCCAGGUACCAUUUUCUAUGUCCAGAGCAGCUUGGAGCCCGAGCGCGAGAAGCUCCGGAUCCAUGCCAUUUUCACGAAUACUGAAGAAGACGAAUAUGAGCCAUCAAUCGGGGCGUACUCUAGCAUUGGGGAUCUGCUUCACGGGUUUAACAGCAAAGUCCUCCAAGAAGCUUUCAAGGUUCCUAAGGAAGUGGUCGAAGAAAUAAUGAGUGCAACAAGGCCACCGCCAAUAGUCCGCGCCCCAGCUUCAGAGACGAGGACUAAGUACUGGGAAUGGGAAGCGCGAUUCUUGAAGACCUACCUGAGCAGCACCGGUUACCGCGCAGAGGGUCCCAGAAGCAACAAGAAGAUGAAGACGUUUAACCUAUUCAAAGCGGACCGCGAUUUCGAGAAUUGUAACGGAUGGAGCCUGACAGUGACCAGGAAAGACAUGCACGCGUUGAAGCACUCGAAUGUCGGGGUUUUCAUGGUCAAUCUCACAAAGGGCUCGAUGAUGGGGCCGCAUUGGAACCCGAGAGCGACGGAAAUAGCCAUAGUUUUAGAAGGGCAAGGGAUGAUCCGAGUGGUGUGCUCGAGCACUGCCAAGGAAUCGGAAUGCAAGAACACAAGGUUCAAGGUGAGUGAAGGGGACGUGUUCGUUGUGCCGAGGUUCCACCCCAUGGCUCAAAUGUCCUUCAACAAUGAGUCCUUUGUCUUCAUGGGCUUCAGCACUUCAACAAAGAGAAACUACCCUCAGUUCCUUGCGGGGAAGAGCUCGAUCCUCCGAGCGUUGGAUAGAGACAUCCUGGCGGCGGUGUUUAACGUCACCAACACCACGAUCGGGCAGAUCCUGGCGCCGCAGACGGAUUCCAUCAUAUUGGAUUGCACCUCAUGCGCCGAGGAGGAGGAGGAGAGGAUAAUGGAGGAGGAGAUUAAGAAGGAAAGAAGAGAGGAGGAAGAGGAGGCUAGAAGAAGAGGAGAGGAGGAAGAGGCCAAAAGAAGAGAGGAGAAAGAGGUGGCUAAAAGAAGAGAAGAGGAGGAAAAGGCCAAAAAAAGAGAAGAGGAGAAGGAGAGAGAGAAGCAGGAAGAGCAAGAAAGGGAAAGAGAGAGACAGGGAGAAGAGGAAAGAGAGAGGGAGAGACGAGAAGAAGAACAAAGAAGACAAGAGAGGGAAGAGGAAGAGGCCAGAAGAAGGGAAGAGGAGGAGAGAGAAAGAGAAGAAGAACAAAGGAGGAGGGAAGAAGGAGGAGGCGGAGGAGAGAGAGAGCAAGAAGAGGCGAGGAGAAGGGAAGAAGCGGGAGAGAGAUGGGAGAGACAGAGACGAGAAGAAAGGCGGCGUCGGCAGGAGGCAGCAGAGAGAGAGCAAGACGAGGCAAGAAGGCAAGAAGAGGAGAUGCAGUGGCAGCACGAGGAAGAGUGGGGUGGAUACGAGGGAAGGAGAGCUGUGGAGGAAGUGUGGAUCAAGGCCUGAACCUUGGACCUUGGAGAGAUUUGGCAGGGCAAAUCAGUAGAUGAAACCGAAUAAGGACCCUGUCUCUCAGUUUGUUUGUUCUAGUUAAUGAACUUUUUUUUACCCUGCUUUAUUUAGAAUGUUUUGAGGCAAAUCAACCUUGGUAUGGAUGAAUGUAAAUGUUGUUUGAGUACAUCUAAUCAAGCUUUCUCGCAAA